AUGUCCCCGCGCCCCGAAGUCGACUACCGUCAAUACAUAAAAGAACGCGGUGUACUUCUGUUCAUCUACCUGUACUUGCCCGAUCCCCUUUCAAAGCAAGAUUUACGUCGAGUCAUCGGGAAGUUGGGGUAUCCUUUGUCUAGCUUUCCACCACUCGACACCCUGCCUCUUCGCGAAAUCAUUGAGGCACUUUCGCUGCAUUUAGUGCUCGACAAGGACUUGGAUAUCACCAUUCAAAACCCGAGCCUAUGGAUGAGCUCCAAGCCGCGGUAUACGGUGGAUAGGUUCCUUGAUGAUUUACGAGUGGCAAAGAAGAUAGUCGUGGUGACGGGAGCAGGUAUUCUGACAAGUUUGGGGAUUCCUGACUUCCGAUCAAUUCAAGGUAUUUAUAAGCAGGUUGAGCACUUAAAGCUUGAAGACCCGCAGGACGUGUUUGACAUCAGAGUGUUCAAUGAAGACCCGACACUAUUUUACAACAUCGCCUAUAAGUUGUUACCGGCGGACGAGCAUCAAUUCCUGGUUUUACAUUCCUUCAUCAGGCUUUUGCAGGACAAGGGCAAACUUCUCCGGAAUUAUACCCAGAACAUCGACGAUCUCGAGGUACUGGCGGGUAUUGACAAAGCAAAAUUGAUUCAGUGUCAUGGUCUGUUUCAUUGUGCAAGAUGUAUUUCAUGUAAGGCAAGGUUUAAAGGGGAGAAAAUCCAUGAGCAUAUUCGAAAACAGCAAGUACCCAGAUGCAACGCUUGCUGGGGUAAGCCACAGUUCAAUCAAACUACCGACGUUUCGUAUGGUGUGGUAAAACCCGACAUCACUUUUUUUGGUGAGCUGUUGCCUAAGCGAUUCUUCGAGAAUUGCAAGACUGACUUACAAGAAUGCGAUUUAUUCAUUGCUAUAGGUACGCUGCUAAAAGUGCUGCCCGUUCUGGAUAUGGUUUCCAAAACUUCACGAAAGGUUAAGCGCAUUUUAAUCAAUCGCGAUCCCAUCGUGGAUCGCAACUUUGAUCUCACAUUGACUGGUAAUUGUGACGACGUGGCCACGUUCUUAUGUCAGCAUUUGGGCUCAGACUGGGACCUUCCUCACCCAAAAUUUGAUCCUACAUUGCCUAUCGUUGCAGACGACGUCGAUGUUUUUGAAAACAUUUACAACGUCCAUCAGGAACCUGCCACUAGUGUCAAUUCCUCCGUUUUGGUUGAUGAACGAGCAUAG